AUGACAUGGCAAAUCGCAUCUCAGGCAGUGCUUGCGUGUAAUCGAAGUGGUGUUAUAAAGCAAGUUGAACAUCGCAUUAUUCAAGAAGUGGAUGGAUAUCUCAUCCGCAUGUUUCCCAGCCAAGUUGAGAAUGAUUGGAGAGAAAUCAAGGUGACCGAUAUGGUCAUCGAGUUGGCUUCAUCUCUUGCCCUACUCGUCGUCUUCAAUGACGGAAUCGGAAAGGACCCAAGGCUUCUCCAGCAUCUGAUGUCAUAUUCUGAGAAUCUUGAGGGACGAGUCGGCACACAGAUGAAAUAUCCGUUUCUCCUGAGACCAUUUGUGCGACGCUUCUCGCACAGUACUCGCACACUAAAUUCAAGCAUCGCGGCCCUCAAAGGGAUCCUGGUUCCCGAGAUUCGACGUAGAAUGGAGAAAAUUGAUCAGAAACAGACAAGCACGACAGCAGGCAGCGAAAUUUUCUAUCUUGAUUCUAUGAUACACCUAGCCUACAAAAAAAACAUUAUCAAUUCGUAUAGCGGAGAGAAGGAAAAGAAUAAGUUGGCCGAUCUCAUUUCGGAGCAUACUCUGAUGAUCUGCUUUGAAUUCUCAGGACCUAUCUGGAUGUUUGCUGCCAUAAUGCUCUUUGAGGUCAUGUUGAGGCCAAAAUAUGUCACUCCUCUGCGAGAAGAACUCGAAGCAGCCGUGGAACUUUCCAAGGGGGAAUGGAGCUUUGAUACUUUCAAACACACCCCAAAGCUAGAGAGCUUUACUAGAGAGACCCUGCGUGUCAACCCACCAUCUACAUUGACAAGCGGGCGACUGGUGAUUGAACCGCUCCAUCUUCCCUCAUUGGGAUUAACUCUCGAACCUGGCAGUAAAAUCGCAUUGCCUAGUCGAUGGGCUAUGUUGGAUCCCGAUAUAUAUCCUGACCCUCACACAUUUGACGGAUACCGCUUCAUUGAUCCUGCUUCGGGAAUCUGUGAUAUCCGCGACACUACUACGCCCUCCAAAACGUGGCUGCCAUUCGCCAUAGGUACUUUGACCUGUCCUGGACGCCUGAUAGGGUUGAGAGUUUGCCAGACCAUUCUCAGCAAAAUGCUGAUGGAUUACGACAUGGAACUUGUGAAUCAUGAUAACCAUCCUCUUAUGCUACACGGCCUAGGCGUGGCCGUCCCGAACCCGGAGAUUAAAAUGCGAGUCAAAAGCCGCCACACAGGUAGAGAGAAAGUCCAGUCUGCUUCGUGA